CACUUCUGCCUGCCAAACAUAAGUCGGUUGGGGUUACACAUUUUUCACUGUCUUGUCCAACACAAGUUUGAUUGACAAAGUUUUGCCAACGGCAGUGCCAGUGUGGACCUAGCUUUAGUCCCUCCUGUUCUCUGCCUGGGACAUGUCAUAGUCUAGUAUUCUCAGAAGAGGCAGCCAUAUUUUGGUUGUUGGGUUUAGCCUGUGGUUCUGGAUGUGUUGGUGGCCUGUGGAAUACAGAAGGUUGAACUAAACUAUUUGGUGGUCCUUUCAGGCCCUUAAACUAUGAUUUACAGGUGUGAGUUCAAGACCCUUUUCCAAUGAUAAAUUAUUCAAACAAAGUUGAAGUUUCAACAGGACAGAUUAAGAGAUCCACUCCAGAGUACCCAAUAAUAAGUGUUAUGGGCACUCUCCUGAAACAUGAGAGACUUGAGUUCUCACCUCAGGCAAAUGAAACCCUUGAUUCAGAAUUCCCUCACAGCCUGGAAAAAUGUUGCCAACCACCUCCCAAAACCAGGGUAAUGGUGCCUUAAACUCCAGGGAUGCAGCAAGACAUACGGCUGGUGCAAAACGAUAUAAAUACCUGAGGAGGCUCUUUCACUUCCGACAGAUGGACUUUGAGUUUGCUGUUUGGCAGAUGCUUUACCUGUUCACUUCACCACAGAAAGUUUAUAGAAACUUUCACUACCGGAAACAAACAAAGGACCAGUGGGCAAGAGAUGAUCCUGCUUUCUUGGUGUUACUGAGUAUCUGGCUGUGUGUGUCCACAAUAGGAUUUGGAUUUGUGCUGGAUAUGGGAUUUUUUGAAAUGAUAAAGCUUCUUCUUUGGGUUGUGUUUAUUGACUGUGUGGGUGUUGGCCUUCUAAUAUCAACUUUAAUGUGGUUUAUUUCUAAUAAGUACUUGGUAAAGCAACAGAGCAGAGACUAUGAGGUGGAAUGGGGAUAUGCUUUCGAUGUUCAUCUGAAUGCUUUCUAUCCACUUCUAGUCAUUUUGCAUUUUAUCCAACUGUUUUUCAUCAAUUAUGUUAUCUCAUCAACCUCAUUUGUGGGCUAUUUUAUUGGGAAUACAGUAUGGCUGAUUGCAAUUGGUUAUUAUAUCUAUGUAACAUUUCUAGGGUACAGUGCAUUGCCAUUUUUGAAGAACACUGUUAUCCUUUUGUAUCCAUUCGCACUCUUAAUUCUGCUGUAUGUGCUCUCAUUAGCACUGGGAUGGAACUUCACCAAGACACUUUGUACUUUCUAUGAGUUCAGAGUGAAAUAAAAACAGGACUUCAUAUAUCUGUCUAGUUUCUUAGCUGCUGGGAGCCUGAACAGCUGAGAUCUUGUAAAUGGUUGUAAAUUUUGUCUUUGUAGAUAAGUGUAAAGAGCUUUGUGUCUACUGCAAUUUUUAAUUAAAAUAUUUACAAACAGUAAAAA